AUGUCGGUGGCUGUGGAGAUCUUCGGCUUCUUCAUCGCAGCCCUGGGGCUGCUGAUGCUAGGGGUGACCCUGACACACAGCAGCUGGCGAGUGUCCACCGUGCACGGGAACGUCAUCACCACCAGCACCAUCUUCGAGAACCUCUGGUACAGCUGUGCCACCGACUCCCUUGGAGUCUACAACUGCUGGGAGUUUCCGUCCAUGCUGGCCCUCUCUGGGUACAUCCAGGCCUGCCGCGCGCUCAUGAUCACCGCCAUCUUCCUGGGCUUCCUGGGCCUCUUCCUAGGCAUGGUGGGGCUGCGCUGCACGAACAUUGGGGAUUUGGAGCCCUCCAGGAAAACCAAGCUGGCGGCCACCGCAGGGGCCCUAAACAUACUGGCUGGUGUCUGUGGGAUUGUGACCAUCUCCUGGUACGCCUUCCACAUCACCCGGGACUUUUUCGACCCCUUGUACCCCGGAACCAAGUACGAGCUGGGCCCCGCCCUCUACCUGGGCUGGAGCGCCUCCCUGCUCGCCAUCCUGGGUGGCAUCUGCCUCUUCUCCAACUGCUGCGGCUCUCGGAACCAGGACCAAGGCGUCAGCAUCCGGCUUCCGUACAAGGCCCCGGCAAUGCCCGCCAAAAGCCUCGCUGCCCGCCUGCCCACCUCGGCCUCGGAUGAAGAAGGCGACAGCAGCUUUGGCAAGUACGGGAAAAACGCUUACGUGUAGGUGGCCUGGCCUGUGGACCCUAUUCCCUUCCCACUGCCCCCAGUGGAGAGGGGUCCCCGUAAACCCGGGGCUGCAGGCGCAGGACCCUGCUCGCGGUAACAAGCUCAGGGCCAAGCCACGCUUCAGGCUCCGCCCCGUGCCCGGAAGCCGCGCCCAGCUCUGACCUCAGGCUCCGCCUUCCCUGUUGGAGCUCCGCCCGGGUCACGCCUCUUUCGUCUGGCCCCCUGGAUCCUCUCAGGCCAAGAACAAGCUUCCUGAGAACUCACCUCUGGCCCCUGAGGCUGGACCCCUCUUAACCUUCUGAGUCUGGGUUCUGGGCCGUUAAGGGGGCGGAGGCGUCCCCGAGUGUUUGUGGUCUGUAUAAAUACUUGCAUAAAUAAAUUUGUAUUGCGAACUGUUCAGGGGUUGAAGGUGUCAUGAGGCAGCUGGCCCAGCAAGGGACCCUGGGUGCCGCCUCAGUUCCUGGACCCCAGGCUGUCACCUGUUCUCAUCUCCAUCGCCUUUGGACUGUCCCAUCCAGCAGAAGAGGCGAGGAGUGGCAGGUGAUUUCUAGACUGUGGCACUGUCACAACUACCGAUAAGGGCCAUCAAGGAGCAGAUAAGGAAUAUCCAGCUCUAGGAACCGGAAUAGCAGAGAUACCCUCUGGCCAGACCUUUCUCACAGCUGUACAAGGAGACAGUUGGUCUAGAGCAGAGUUUCUUUACCUGGGCCUGAGAGUGGAUAUCAGAAACUGACAAGCCCUUUGAAACUGUGUCAAAUCAACCAGGCCUGGUGCAAGUAUAGUUUUCUGAGGACGGUUCAAUAACUUCCAGAGGGACUUCCCUGGUGACGCAGUUAAGAAUCCGCCUGCUAAUGCAGGGGACACGGGUUCAAGCCACGGUCCGGGAAGA